AUGCCGGCAUUUGUAAUGCAUUUAUUAACACACCAAGCUAAACAUAAAUGUCCAAUUUGCGGAAAAUUUUAUCAUCGUCCAUGGCUACUUAAAGGACAUUUACGUAGUCAUACUGGACAGAAGCCAUUUGGUUGUGGAAAGUGUGGAAAAGAAUUUUCUGACAGAUCUAACCUUAGAGCACAUUUAACUACACAUAAUGGUAAUUAUAUUUUGAAAUUUUGA